UGAUUAGCUAUAAUGUUAUUUAACAAUGGUACACAAAGAGACAUUGUAAUAUAUGGACUUGGGUGUUCUGCUUGACUGACCCCCAACAGUGUAGAAGUAAAAGAACAGUGUGGACGGGUCCCGGGACCUUGCUUAUUCUCUACAGUGUUGUUGUGAAAGUUCUCGUCCCUGCGCCGUGGACCUGCGCUGCAUGUUCUGGUUUUGUCCCGCUCUCACACGAGGAACACUGCGGAGCUACGAGCCACAUCUCAGGUACAGACUGUGUAGUUCAUAUCUGCGAGGAGCACAGACAAGUCAUCCCCACACAGACGGACAAACAACAGCGGAAGAUUGGACUGAUCGAGAGGGGAGAACAGAGAGGCCCCGAGAGCAGGAGGCACGAGCAGAGCCAUGGCUAACAUCGCGGUGCAAAGGAUCAAGCGGGAGUUUAAGGAAGUCCUAAAAAGCGAAGAGACAAGUAAAAACCAAAUCAAAGUGGACUUAGUGGAUGAGAACUUCACAGAGCUCAGAGGGGAGAUAGCAGGUCCUCCAGAUACACCUUAUGAAGGGGGCAGGUAUCAACUAGAAAUAAAAAUACCUGAAACGUAUCCUUUUAACCCACCAAAGGUGCGCUUCAUUACCAAGAUCUGGCAUCCUAAUAUCAGUUCUGUGACGGGGGCAAUAUGUUUGGACAUUUUAAAAGAUCAGUGGGCAGCUGCCAUGACCCUUCGAACUGUGUUGUUGUCACUUCAAGCACUUCUUGCUGCCGCAGAACCAGAUGAUCCACAAGAUGCUGUUGUUGCAAAUCAGUACAAACAGAACCCCGAAAUGUUCAAACAGACUGCAAGGCUGUGGUCUCACGUCUAUGCAGGUGCUCCUGUCUCCAGUCCAGACUAUACACUCAAAAUAGACAAACUUUGUGCCAUGGGUUUUGAUAAGAAUGCAGUAAUAGCAGCAUUAUCUUCAAAAUCUUGGGAUGUGGAAACAGCAACAGAACUCCUGAUAAGCAACUGAGUCUGGGCCUGGUCUGAGGAUUAUAAAACCCCAAGAAAAUGACAGCAACUCAUCCUGAGCACCAUUCCACCAUUGCCUUUUAUUACACAGAAAUGGCCCCAUCUGUCACAGCAGCCUGGUCUUCAGAUUUGUUAUAACCUCAUGUAGCUCCACAAUUCACAGCAAAUUGUCUGUUUGUGAAUACAGCUACUCUUUCCUUUAAUCAAAAUGUGACACAUCAUAAUAACAUUCAAUAAUGUACUGUCUUCCAUACAAUUUUUUUUCAGUUUUUAUUUGUGUCAAGUGAACUGCCUGGAGGAUUUCUAUUGUCAAAGGAAAAUCAUACAAUUUGCUCUCAUAAAAACUCCAAAAUGUGGAUCCACACAGUAGCUACAAAACUAAAGACAAUAUUGUUCUCCAGAUGGAUCUAUCCAUCUACUGUGAGUCUACAAGUAAUUGCAGAAAAAUUAACAUAAAAAUAUAUUUUGCCGGCCCUUUUGGAAAAUAUCAGAGCAGCAUGAAUCCAUCACCAUUUAAAGACAUUUUUUUGUACAUAUCAGUGUGUAUAUUUGAAAAUAUUGGGGUUAUACUUUUCUUACAUGACAUUGUAAAGCAAAUUAUUUUAAAUACAAACUAUGCCUAGUUUACAAUUAUACAGAAGAUAUACCUUUUUAUGCAUCAGUGGUUCUUCUGGGUGUCCCUGUUCAGUUUUGGUUUUGCACAGCUAAGUUAUAAUGAUAAAGCCAACAUUAGUUCAUGUGUCUUAUGAAAUCUGCAUGUUCCUACAUUGCCUUUAUUUAUUAGGCCAAAUGAUGUGGUAAAGGGUUGUCAAGUCUUAGACUUGAAACACGUGUCUUUCCAGAUAGGUGGGAAUUGUUAUCUAAAACUCCUGAUCUUGUCAGUCAUGAAGUACAUCAGGUUUAAGGUAAAAAUAUAAGGAACCAAAGUGGCCUCUAAAUGCAGAGGAAAAUUUCAUAUGUACUUACAGGGUGUUUCUUUAAAGAGAAGAAAAGAGGCCAAGACACCACAUCCUGAGCCACAUUGAAAUCUUGACCUUGAUUAGUAGUUCAAAUGAACUACCCUUACAAUGCCAACAACCACAGCUGUCUUUCUAUCAGUUAUGAGCCAGGACUCAUUACAGUGUUGUUUAGAAAUUUUGCUGGUACUCAAACUGUAACUAUUGUUUUUGUUGUGCCGAAUGCCUCUUCACACAGGGUCUUUACUUUGGAGUUGCAUCUCAUUGACCAGUGAGAGACUUUCAUUAGUUUGUGUACAGGGCUUGGGCACCAGGUGGCUGCCCAACAUAGUCAAAAUCUUUAAGCCAGGGACAUAAUGCACACACCUCAUUUUGUAAAUAAGAUCCUUGGCAGAAGUCCUUAAUCACUAAGAGCACCAUUGAUGGCUGUACGUUUUCUAUGAAAAAGGACAAAGGAAAAGCCCAAAUUCCCUGUCCUUUCUUUUUGUUCCUUCAUAUAGCGUCUUGCACGACAAAAGCAUAAAAUGGGACUGUUGCAUCUGUUUCUACAUCUGGUUGAAAUCAUUUGCAGGUUUGUUUCUGGAGGAAGAAAGCACCUGCAGUUUAAAGCAUGGUUAAUUUAUUGUGACUGUCAUGAUUUUUGAAUAAAAAUGAAACCCUA